UCGACCACGACUGCAGCCAUGGACGCGUCGCUGCGCCUCAUGAUCGUGUUCCUCGCGUUGUUCCUCGGCGCGUUCAUCGUUUACAUCCUCCUGUCGACCUGCCUCGGCCCUCCCCUCAUCCGCUGGGCGCGCUCUCUCCUCGCGGCCCACCACGCCGCGUCGCAGGGCUCGACCUGGGAUGGCGGCGCCGGCGGCGGGUACCGGAGCUUGCGGCGCAGGGGCGCCGGCAUGGGCGGGCUCGAUCAGGGGAGGGGCGGCGUCGAAGGGUACGAGAUGGCGAGCCUGGGAGCGGAGGAGGACGAGUGAGCGAGGACGGCGAGCGUGAGCGGGUGGGUGCAGCGAGCGGGACGGCGGCCGCGCCGGCCGGUCGUCGAGCAGCGUGCGCCGGGAUACGGGGCCCGACGCUCGCCGCCAGAGCAGCAGCAGCUUUUGCGCGCCCUCGCGUUCGGCGACCGCCCCUUCCUGCCGCGGUCGACGCGCGAC